UUAGAAGAAUAGAAGAAGAAGAAUGAAUCACAUUGUCAAAGCACACAAAAAUAUGCCACCGACGCAAUUUCACAGCUUCCAUCCUUUUUCUGCCCAAUUACUGUAACAGCCCCAGGGAAUUGGGUUUUCAAGGAGGAGCUACUACUCCUACACAGUUUCUAACAUCUGCCCAAGAGAUGAAGUAUUGCCAAAGUCUUUAUGAUGCCCAUCCCCCUAAGACCCUUGCACAGCACCUGUGAUCGUACUUCAGACUGCUGCAUUUACCUCACAGUUUCUUGAUGGGAAGAAAACUUCUCUGUUUCUUUUGUAAAUGAGGAAAUGAAGUACAGAUUUGAUUGACCGUCAGUCAUAAAGUGAAUCUGUGGCAGACCAGAGAACCGAGCAAAGCUCUCCAUCACCUCAGUACAGUACCAUAAUCACUGGACUCUCAGGAGUGGUAUGAAUGGGACAGCCAUUGAAAAUUUUGUCUGCGUCAUUUUUAAUGUUUCCUUCAUGAACUGCACUUGGCAUGUGGGCAGGUCUGCUUCAGAGGAUACCCAAUAUUUUCUGUAUUGGAAGACCUCAAAGAAAGAAGAUUUCACAGGAUGCCAGAAUUACAUCAAAGAUAAUUGUGGAAGGCACACGGGAUGUAGAUUCCAAAAUGUGACAAUAGAAAGAAAGCAAGCUUAUUUCCUGGUAAAUGGAUCUAGAAGUGGACAAAGCAUUCAGUCAUAUAUGAAGACGAUUAAUCUGUAUAGAAUUGAAAAACUCACCCCUCCUUCAAAUGUUACUGUGAACUGUACAGAAGCUUCUCAUGGUUGUGAAAUUCAGUGGCAACCACCUCGCACAAGUCAUGUGAAAAAAGAUGGUUGUUUCAAAUAUGAAAUUGUCAUAGAAAACAAGGCUGAUCCCGAGAAAAACAUCAAAACCACAUCUAAAACAGAAAGAAGCAUCACAGGAAACUCCUACAUAUUUGGGAGCUUCAGUGCAAAAAAAAGGUACAGCGUCAAAAUCAGAGCAACUGACAAUGGCUGUUUGGUGAGCGCAAGCUGGGGAGAGUGGAGCACACCCGUAGAGUUUGGAAAAGAACAACUUAUAUCUACUUCAUCGUAUAUGUUGUUUCUGAUAGCAGUGCUGGCAGCAAGUCUCGUAUUUUUUCUCUGCAAAGUAAGCAUUUAUUUGAAAAAAACAUCUUCUACAGUACCACAGCCAAAAGACCCAUUCAAUGAGAUGUCUCCAACAGAUUUCCAGACAGAAUAUAAGAAUCUGUUUAUGAAGCAUGAAACUGAAGAAAUAACAAUUAUUGAAGAAAUGAUGUAAUGGCAUCCAACUGAAAGGAACAACUUGAAUCUUUUCAAACAUAUAUAUCUUGUUGACAGUAAUUUACAGGUUUUUCUUAUUCUCUCCCUCUUGCAAGCAAAGAAAAUAAUGUUGCCUAUAGAGACGAUUCCCCAAGAGUCUAUCUUUAAAAGCCUCUUUGUAUUUGAUUGCAUUUUCCAUAAAUAAUUUGACUUGUUUGGGCUAUUUUUGUUUCUUCUUAUGAUGAGUAUUCUUGCAAUGCUUCAGCAAAAAUAUUUCAGUAGUGCUUUGGAAGUUAUUAUACUGCUUUUCAACACCAUGCUAAAGAAUGAAAUAAGAACAGCUAAACUUCAGGGUUUUAUACAGGACCUCCAGUGGUC